CCAAAGAGGCACUUGGUGCAUGUGUCCGUGUGUCAUCAGACUGUAAAUCUGUGUUCUCCAGGCUACUGUUGUUGUUUAGUAUGAACAUCAUUCCUGAAGAUGAGGAGAACAAAUACAAUGGACAAUCACAGCAACUGUCAACCAUUAUGCUAGUCAACAUGGGAAAACUUGUGUAUCCACAAUACAGUAUCAUCAGGCAAGAACCAAUCUUUAAGGACAGAGAUCACAUGAUCAAGUUCACAGAGGCAUACCAAGAGAAACAUGAUAUGUUUAUCGCUCUUGAAGAAAAAGGAGAUUUGAAUGCUGCAUAUAGCUUCUACCCCAAGGCUGCAAAAUGCUUCAAAGAUAUUUUGUCUACUCUUAAAAAGAAAUCUAAGACUUUCUCUUCGAGUCUUCCUGUUCAUCUACGAUGCUUCACUGCUGAAUGGGYUUACACCAAGAUGUGUUUCCUUGGCGUGGAAGUGCUACAGAAAAAGAGACAGUACGAAGAAGCAGUUGGCCAACUAGAACUUCUUCUAAAGCAGGAUACGUAUUGCGCUGACUGUCGGGGGCUGUGGUGGGAGAGACUUGCUUUGAACGUACACCAACAUUUAAAACAACCUGACAAGGCUUUACAAAUCAUACGUCAAGGUUUGGAAGAUAGUCAUGUUCGGUUUGGCCGUCGCUUGGCUCUUGUUCAGCGCGCCAAGAAGAUUUUGUCGUCAGCUUCAUUUAACAAGAAGAAGAAGAAUAUAGAGGAAAAUGUUUGUGACAUCGAUAAUGCACUCCUUGUUGAACCACGCCCUGCUGAAAGUAUAACAAUCAGUGGUAAAAGAUCAGCUGAACUUGGUAAAUUCAUAUCCCACGAGGUGACUAAAACAGGACUCAUCAAAGAAGACAGCAUGACAUGUCUUGGUGUGGAGGAUUUUGCGUUAUUUCAUUACAGACAGCAGGGAUAUGAUGAAGGUAUUCACGGAGAAACAUCRACCUUCACUACACUUUAUGGUCUUUUCUUUUGGGAUGUUUUAUUUCUAGAUGGGAUUCCUGAUGUCUUCAGAGGCAAGUUUCAGACAGCUCCUCUAGAUAUCAAUUAUGAUACCUUCUACCCCAAGAGGAAACAAGUAAUCGAACAACGGCUACAAGAAAUAGAAAACAGCUCUACRGAGGAUCUAAUAAAGAUGCUUGAAAAAUCUUGGGUCGAACAUGAGGGGCAUAUAUGCUCUGGUGUCAACUGGGAAAGGUUUGAGGACAUACAACAAGCAAAGCAAUUUGUAUCGUGUAUUGGAGGUAAAGUCUUGUCUGGUGUAUUUAAACAUUUCGCUGAAGACAUGCGUCAUUGGCAUUCUGGGAUGCCUGAUUUGGUUGUCUGGAAUUCCAGCAAUCUGCAAUACAGGAUUGUUGAGGUCAAGGGACCUAGAGAUCGCUUGUCGACGAAGCAACAAAUAUGGUUGGAUGAAUUGGCUUCGUUUGGCGCCACAGUCGAAGUCUGUUAUGUGACUGAUGUUGGUGGCAAGAAACUUCCGAAGGCGCAGUAAAACAUGUCAGCGGAUUAUCAUACAAURCAUGCGUAUGGUCAGUGAUAAUUGUUAAUAUUAUGACAAAAUUGAUAUGAAGUCCAUGUUUUUUAUAUAAUUACGCAUAUCUAUGUUUAUACUUGUCUUUUGUGUGUACAAAGUUUUUAAAAAUAUAUAUUGACUCAUUAUUUAUGUAUAAUAUACGUUCUCCUUCUUUGAGGUAAUUUGGGUACAAAGUCGUACAAUUAUUCUUUUUUAAAGCGGCUUAAGACUUGCCUUUAAACCUUGUAAAACGGUUUUCAGUACGACUGACAACUCGUGUAACAAAGUAAAAGCCGAGCGAUCUCUAGUCUUUACAACAAAACUUAUGUAUGAAAACGCUCUGUUUUUUCAAUGACUAAAGAUAUGUUACUGAGUGCA